AUGGCUCAAUCUGUCUCUACCGCCAAGAUCGUGCGAAAGCGCAACAAGCGAUUCAUUCGACACCAGUCUGAUCGCUUCAUGCGUGUCGAUGCCUCCUGGAGAAAGCCAAGAGGUAUUGACUCCCGAGUUCGACGACGAUUCAAGGGACAGUACAUCAUGCCCUCGAUCGGUUACGGAACCAAGGCCGCCGACCGACACCGAUGCAAGGACCAGAAGAACUUCAAGCGAUUCGUCGUCAACAACGUCGCCGAGCUCGAGGUGCUCAUGAUGAACAACCGGGUCUUCUGCGCCGAAAUCGCCGCCGCCGUCUCUGCCAAGAAGCGCAAGGAAAUCGUCGAGCGAGCCGCCCAGUUGGACAUCCACGUCACCAACAAGAACGCCCGCGUCAGAUCCCAGGACAAGGAGUAA